AUGCCAGCUAAAGGUAAAUAUUUCUUCAACGAAAACGAUGACUGCAGGAUAUCAGACCCACUCUACGAGAAGUAUCGCUACACCAGCCAGCAGCAUCCCCUCCUGCUCCUGCUGCUCUUCAUUGCCAUCAUCUUCUGGACUACUCUCAUCAUCAUCUUUUUUCUUACUGAUGAAGCAUAUUCUUACCCUGCCUUCAUUAUUGCAGUGUGUGCUGCCCUUGGCAUCUUUGCAGUCAUGUACUUGCUGCUGUGUAUCGAGUCUGUGUUUCGAAGGUGGCUGAUGUUAUUUGGAGUGAUGAUCUGGAUUUGCUUCCUGACUGUAGGAUAUGUGUCUCUGUUUGAAAGAGGAAAAGAUUAUCAGCUGUGGGAACAGGUGCCAUUCUUUCUCUUCAUAAUCUUCACAGUUUAUACCAUGCUACCCUUUGGGAUGAGAGGUGCUGUCAUAAUUAGUGUUCUUUCUGCUCUCUCCCAUAUUAUUGUUAUGAGCACUGUGGUAAGCAUGACUUCUCAGCAAAAAAAGGAAUGCAUUCUAUAUCAGCUGCUUGCCAACGCUGUCAUUUUCCUCUGUGGUAACUUGAUGGGUGCAUUUCACAAACGCCAAAUGCAAGUUGCUUCGUGGGAUCUGUACAGAUACACACUGAAGUGCAUUCAGGUCCGAAUGAAGCUGAAGAUUGAGAAGAGGCAACAAGAAAAUUUGCUUUUAUCCAUCCUGCCAGCUCAUAUCUCUAUGGAAAUGAAGCUGGCAAUCAUUGAGCGACUGAAGGAAACUAAUGACAAUAGGCAAAUUCAUGACAACAACUUCCACAGUCUGUAUGUGAAAAGGCAUCAAAAUGUUAGCAUUCUUUAUGCAGACAUCGUAGGAUUUACUCGCCUGGCCAGUGACUGCUCUCCUAAGGAACUAGUAGUGAUGCUGAAUGAACUUUUUGGAAAGUUUGAUCAGAUUGCAAAGGAGAAUGAAUGCAUGAGAAUAAAAAUCCUCGGGGACUGUUACUACUGUGUCUCAGGCUUACCUGUGUCCUUACCUGUUCAUGCCAGGAACUGUGUGAAAAUGGGACUUGACAUGUGUGAAGCAAUAAAGCAGGUGAGAGAAGCCACAGGAGUAGAUAUCAACAUGAGGGUUGGCAUUCACUCUGGGAACGUGCUGUGUGGCGUGAUCGGCCUGCGGAAGUGGCAGUAUGACGUCUGGUCGCACGACGUGUCCCUCGCAAACCGCAUGGAGUCCGCGGGCGUACCUGGCCGUGUGCACAUCACUGAAGCCACGUUAAAUCACCUAGGCAAAGCUUAUGAAGUAGAAGAAGGGAAUGGACACCUGAGGGAUCCUUACCUUGAAUCCAUGAAUAUCAAAACGUACUUAGUGGUUGACCCAAGGUCCAAGCAAUGCAUAGCAAACAAUCAUCUCCCUAAAACAAGAGUCAACGAUGGGCUGAAGAUGCGAGCGUCGGUUCGCAUGACACGUUAUCUGGAGUCCUGGGGAGCAGCCAGGCCCUUUGCCCACCUGAACCACAGGGAAAGUGUGAGCAGUGACUCUUCCAGCUCACAAGGAAGGAGAAGAAAGGAAAUACCUUUGUGUUCCACUGGACGGCAAAAAACUUCUGAUAGAAACUCAUCUCAGAAGGGAAGGAUAGAGGAAGAUAUUUAUGAUGAAAUGAUGUCAACCAUUGAAGGCCUCAGUUCAACUAACCCGUGGUGUGGCAAAUCAGAUGACUUCUGUGGAUUUUCACUGAUUUUUGCUGAACCUGGUCUUGAAAAAGAGUAUCGCACCAUUCCUAUUCUAAAACUGAAGAGUUACUUUGCAUGUGCCAGUUUUGUGUUCCUCUGUAUAUUUGUGAUACAGAUGUUUAUCAUGCCAAGAACUGCAAAACUGGGAAUUUCCUUUGGAAUUGUUGCAGUCAUCAUUGUGCUUGUUUUAUUUGUGUGCUUUGCUGAGAAAUGUGUGAAGUGCUGCUCAGCUCAGUGGCCUUUCCUGCACCACCUCUGUGCUCUCUCAGAAAAGGUGGAGACAAUGCCUUUGCUCAGGCUUCCCUUAGCAAUCAUCACUAUCUCUGCCUUGCUGGUUAUAGCCAUUUUUAAUUUGCCUUUGGAAAACACAACUCAUUCCUGCAUUGAGGAAACUGUAAGUAGUGAAUACAAAACUGUACUUGAAAGUGUCCCAUAUUAUUCUUACUGCUGUAUAUUGGGGUUCAUUGCUUGCUCUGUGUUUCUUCAAAUGAGCUUCGAACUCAAAGUUCUGCUCCUGUCCAUUGCUGUGACUGUCUACCUCAUCAUGUUUAAUACUUUUCACCACAAUAAUGUCUUCGCUGGCAACAGCACCAGGCUUUUCAUCAAAGAGCCAAGGAUAAUGACUAAUUUAUACCUGGUUCUGUUUUAUAUAACCAUAAUUUUACUUGCGAAACAGAUAGACUAUUACUGUCGACUGGAUUGUCUGUGGAAGAACAAGUUUAAAAAAGAGCAUGAACAGUUUGAAACUAUGGAGAAUGUUAACAGGCUUUUGCUGGAAAAUGUACUUCCAGCACACGUUGCUGCAUAUUUCAUUGGUGAAAAAAGAAAUGAGGAUUGGUACCAUCAAUCCUAUGACUGUGUCUGUGUCAUGUUUGCAUCAGUACCAGAUUUUAAGGUGUUUUACACGGAAUGUGAUGUCAAUAAGGAAGGCCUGGAAUGUCUGCGGCUCUUGAAUGAAAUCAUUGCUGACUUUGAUGAGCUCUUGUUAAAGCCUAAAUUUAGUGGUGUUGAAAAAAUCAAAACAAUUGGAAGCACUUACAUGGCAGCAGCUGGUCUCAGUGUUACACCAGGCCAGGAGAACAACCAGUAUCCUGACACAGCCUUCCAGGUUGUAACUUGAUGACUGAUAUGUGUUAUGACUAGACAACACGCUCACAUUGGGAUCAUGGUGGAAUAUGGAAUCGCCUUGAUGAGUAAACUGGACGGCAUCAACCGACACUCCUUCAACAACUUCCGCUUGCGUAUCGGGAUCAAUCAUGGCCCUGUGAUUGCUGGUGUGAUCGGUGCCCGGAAACCUCAGUAUGAUAUUUGGGGCAACACUGUUAAUGUUGCUAGUCGAAUGGAGAGUACAGGGGAGCUUGGGAAAAUCCAGGUGACAGAAGAAACGAGCAAAAUACUCCAGGAGUUGGGAUACUCAUGUGAAUGUAGGGGACUCAUUAAUGUCAAAGGCAAGGGCGAACUGAGGACUUACUUUGUUUGCACUGAGACAGCCAAAUUCCAAGGUAUGGGACUGAACUGA